AAAAAGAGAUCGACAGCAUGCUGUUCAGAGUCAGGCUCGGAAAAAUGUCGCAGAUUCAAGAAGAGGCUUCAACCUCCAGUCACCGGAGGAGCGGGACAAGUCGCAAGAGGACGAUAGUAUGGUUUCUGCUGCGGAGGAGUUUGACUUGCCCGCCGAUGCUGCGUCCUCGUCGAGUUCUUCAUGGCGGUCAUCCGAGGAAUCCAGUGCCUCCGAUGCUGAUUCCAAAUCAGCAGUAGCACAUCGGGUACCACGCCAGGUCAGUGGAGGAAGUCCUGUUGCGAACCAGAAACGACCUCUGAGGGAAGUCAUCAAACAUAAAAACGAAAAAAGUGCUCCUGUCCGGAAAGUUCGCAGUGGCGCCGCUCCUGCUGGUGCUGCUACUGUCCAUGCGGAAAGAUUAGGGCCGGACUCGAGAGAACCAGCGGCUGUUAUCGAAAACGGAGAAGCACCACCGCAAAUGCCAGAUACGAGUACAGUUUCCGCAGUCAUCGCAGAAUUAGCUACAGCGUCUUUCGAUGGAGCUGCUAUGGGAGUUGAUAGCUCAACUGGAUUGACGCUUCCACCUGUAGUUUCCAGCGUUGACGAUUUUUCUGCGUCUGCUCCUAGUGAUCCUGUCCUUGCUAGUACGUCAUCCAUUGUUGAUGAUACCGGGAUUGUGGUAGCCCCUCAUGCAGCGCACGCCAGAGCAGGCGUUUCAUCGACAGAGGAGAACGGAGAACAUCCAAAUCAGCAUUCAGGAGAUGGCGCCGCGGCUUCCACAACGAGCAUGGCGAGCAACUUCAGCAUGUUGAAUGACGCACGCAUUCUAGAUCCCGACUCUCCCGAAGAUUUGUCUGUGAUGAGCAGCAUUGCUCGCAUUUCGCCCAUGGAGCCGUUGAACUCGAAUCCCGAGUCCAUGCUCUGCAUGGAUUUGCUCCUCAACGAUCAACUUCGGCAACAGCGUGAGGCUGAGGAUAGCGCCUCGCUUGCCUCUUCCAGCACCUUUUCCCUUUCCAUGGCGGCUUCUGGCUCUGCGGCCUCAACAGAUCGGGUGGCGACAUCGUCCUCCGGAGCAGACUUCUGCAUAUCCUCAGAUCAGAUGCUAGACAACAUGUCAGCUGCGUCCGCAUUUGGUGAUCGCGAUCCGACCACAGCGCCUUCAAGAAGUAGUCGAAUACUGCACCAGGGCGAAGACGGAGAGGAUCAACAUCUUCAAAAUCUACUUCAAGAUGAAGACGGCGAGAGAACACCGCUGCCACGACCCGGAGGACAUUCGUCAAAUACCGAUGACGCUCCAACUACACUAGAAGACCAAGAUCGUGAAUCACCAUUAGGUGGAGGUGGACAGGGAUCAACUCUAACAGAUGCGGGUACUGGUACUGGACUUUUGAAUCACCGAGUCCAGGUCGAUGUGAGUCCUCAAGUACAAGAAGCACACGCGAGCCGCCGAAGCAGUCUUGCAAGUCGCUUUAGUGACGACUUGCCUGACGUGGACGUAGGGCUUCCAGCACUAGUAGCUCCGCGACUGCAGGACUCUCCAGGGUCUCCUGCUCAAGAUGAUGAGGAACGAACUGACGAAGCUCGGAUCAAUCCACCAAUUCUUGAGGUAAUGGUUGAGACCGCAGUUCAUGCGGUAAUUUCGGGGCCGAGUUCUGCCGGAGACCCCCUUCGCGAUGCUAACACAAGAACAAUAUCUAGAAUUUUAGCACCAGUGGCGGGACCACCAGGUACCGCAGGCAGAACUCGAACAGUUGUUCCAACUUCAACAAGAUCGUCUCCCGGAGCUGAACCUCCGGAGACACGGGCUAGGUCACCGUCUACGAC